CCCUUUGGUAGAGAUUUCAAGUAUUUGCUUUCUUAGCCUCCUCUCUGCAAGGUGAAUUAAGCGCUGGAUGUUUGAGUUGGUUUGGACAAGACCAUCAAAGAGGACAUUGAAUGACUUGCUCCGCCUCUGGCUUCUCUUGGAUCUUGAACCUAGCGUCUAGGGCAUCGACAAACGACCAAGCAUCCUAGGCAGAGCAGAUUCGAGCCUGAUCGUCUCGCUGUGAGCUCAUGGUUUCGGCAUGAUACGACACCCUACCAAGUCGCACUACGUUCUAGAAAAGCUACGCGCUGGCACUGUUAGAACCCUGGUCGAUGAGCAUGAACAAUAUACCGUCCGCAGUUGGCUGUCUCAUAUUCACCAAGGUACAUCGAUUGGUCGCGGAAGUCAAGGGGGCAGUUCCUGUUGUUAGGCUGGGAGUAUAAGUAAAAGCGUCGUGCUGUAAGCUACGGGAACGAAUCCAGAGCUUAUUCUUUCACCUUUUGCUAUCAAGCUUGCGAGUAACACUUUUCUCUCGACUACAAUCCAAAUGGAUAGUGAAUUGCUAGAUUACUUUCGCCCUGCCAAUGGCUUAUUGUAUCCGACAAUGGAGACGAAGGGUAGAGUCGCGAUUGGGGCGCAUAAUGAACCGGAAGAUGGGUGGGCGUCUGAUGGAGUAGCAACCUUGUUCGAGGAAGACCACAACUCACAGGGCGAUAUUUCUGGAGAUAUUGGACGAAUAGCAUCUGAGACAGAUGAGUUGCGGGCUUUGACGGUGCUCGAUACAUCUCUCAUCCGUAUGCUCGCUCUCCGUGUCGAGUCCGUCGUCCUGAGAUGCAUCCAGCAUCAGUUCCAGAUCGAGGAUCAAUUGUUCUUGAUAAUCAUGGUCCGCGGACCUGUCAUUAUUUUCCUGGGGCAUCUUAUGUUCACAACACUCAAAGAGAUUCUUUUAGGACUGAAAGCACUGCUCGUGUUGCUUGGUUGUAUAUGUCUUAUCUGCAACUCAUUUUAG